AUGGAGACUUCAGGAAAGGUGACAGAGGAUGACAUAUUUCAUUUCGAUUUCGUGAGCACCUUACAGCGUAUAUCUGAUGAGCUGACAGAGAAAAAAACGAGGCUCUUGAAGUUGUAUUGUAGCCACUUGAUUCCAAAAGGCGUUGCAGAAGGACUUCCUGACGCGAUUGACGUUUUUCAAAAACUAAUAGAACUGGACAAAAUAGAUCCCUAUAACUUGGAAUUUCUUGAAGAGAUCUUGCGCAGAAUAGGGCGAGCAGACCUGGUUAGGGACGUUGUGAGGCCGUUCCAAUCGUCUGAGCGAGAGAUUCCGGAGAAUCCCGAACUACAACCGGGAACAAGUACGGAUGGUGCAAGUGCUGAUGGCGCAACAUCGGACCUCCGCGUCGUCCUUAACGGCCCAACAGGCAUGACAAACGAAACCGUAAAUCAUCAUAAAUACAAUCUAAGAUCACUGACCGGCGCUGGAGGGUCACAGGUCAAGUUCAGGGGUUACAAGAAACACGAGAGCAUCCUGAUGCACUACACCAUACCGCGGGAGAGCACAGUGGUACUGAGGCUCAUGGCGGAUAACUCCGACCCUAGACUUGUGUUCAUGGGCGUCAAGUCACUGCAGAUUGACGCUGAAGCACCAAUCGAAGUCACUCGGGCGGAGCUUUUCAACGAUAUCAAGAGACAGCGUACCGUCGAUGACAUGGAGGUAGGAUGCAUUCCCCGCAUCAAGCAGCAGAGGGCGCCAAGGAACCGGACCCGCCUGUCCGCUCUGAACCUGUUCUCAGACACCCUGCCCCUCCAUUUGCAGAUAGCAGAGAGUCUGGAGUACCCGAGUAUCCAAAACCUCAGGAAGGCAAACGUGGGUUUCAAAACAGAGGUAGCUAAAGAGUCACGCGAGGGCACAACAAGGGGAGAAGGGGACGCUGUUGCAAAAGGAAAAGAAGAGACCACUGCAAUAACAGGCUCGGACAGAGCGGGAGAUGAAAAAGAGAAACUACAAACCGAGCACAAGCAAUCCACAGUAGCAGGGGCAGAGGGAGCAACGCGUCAUGCUACUGCAGCCUCUUUUCAAGGUGGGAUCACUUACGGUGGGAAGGGAUCAGAGCCCGGUAAAUUCAAGGAACCUCGAGGUAUUGUGGUGUCGUGUAGUAACGAGAUAUUUGUAGCUGAUCGAGGAAACAAGCGAGUCCAAGUCCACAACACAGAGGGGGUGUACCUCCGCCACUUCCCAACAGUCCUAUUGGGUACAAAGAAUAAUUUGAUAUCACCAUCGGAUGUGGCUAUGAACGGUAAAGGCGCACUAGUAGUAGUGGGAAAAGAUGAUCACGAGUCAACUGAACUUAUCGCACAGUACAGCACGGACGGGACCGCCUUGGCACAGUUUGAGCUUCAGAAGAGUAAGCGAUUCCCGCGUAGGGUUGCGGUGGACCUUCGCAAUAACCACAUCCUGGUGACUGACAACGAAGGUGGUGAAGUUCAGGUGUUUUGUCCGGACGGCUCUCCGCUGCGGAGAUUCGGACAUCCACAAGGUGAGAUGACAAGCCCACGGUACAUCACUGUGGACGGGGAAGGAAACAUCCUCGUGACGGACUGGGACACUCAUUCUGUCUACAUGUAUGACGAGUCCGGGAACUUCCUGCUGAAAUUUGGAGGUGAGGGAAGAGGUGAAGGUCAACUUAUGUAUCCUAGCGGCAUCUGUACAGACAGCAUCGGCCGCAUCAUCGUGGCGGACUCUGGGAACGGGAGGGUACAGAUGUUCACACGUCACGGCGAGUAUGUCCGGACCAUUAAGACUGGGAGCAGGAUAAUAUCGCUAGGAGGUAUUGCGGUGGGACCAGAAAGGCAGCUGGUACUGGCUGACUUGACUAGCCAUUCAUUGACUGUCUUUCAAAAUUAUCUGUGA